GGAGAAAAGGGAAUGAUGAAACAAGCAUGUAUAAAAGCACAAUAAGGGAUCUAUGUGAUUCUUAGAGAGCAGCUGGACUGUGCAUGAGCAGGUUCUGAACACUAACAGGAACACUACAAGUGCAAAAAACAAACUGAAUGAAAAUGAACGAGUUUAUGUGGAAAGGAGAAUUUUCCAACAUGAUUGAGGAAUUGGAAGUUCCAGAUAACUGGGAUCUACAUGUUGAUAUGAACCUUGUAAAGCAGAAAACAGGACUGAUUUAUACACAGCAAACCUUUGGCAGCUUUCGUUGCGCACGUUGUGCACGCAGUUGGAACUCCUCAAAGGUAUCUGUACUGUUCAUUAUAAAUCUAAACAAACGUCUGAGAAGUGGAACAGUAAAAAUUAGAAUUUUCAAGCAGGGUUGUGAACGUUGCACCCAUUCCGAGGAAAUUAUCCCAACGGUGACAUCUGACAACAUUGAAAGAGUUGUUUGUAAUUUAGUCCAUAAAAUCCAAAGAAAGUUCUAUGGGGUGACUGAUGAAUAUCAACAUCAAAAGCCAAAAAUCUAUGGCCCCUUGGAAGGUUUACAUAACAAAGAGCGUUGCGAGGCAUGCAGAAAUGGUUUAUGUGAACAACAGAUGUUGUCUUGCAAAUCUGAACAAAAUAGGGAGCAGAGAGAUCCAGCUACAUCUACUGCUUUGUCUGUCAUGAGCCUGGUCACGGGUGUAGCAUCGAUAGCACUAAUGUAUUUUGCAAAUAAAUGAUUAUUUUGAGAAAAAAUCUGCCUUGUACAGACACAGGUACAUAGGCAUAUGAAACAUAAAGUGUAUGUAUAACUAAAUUUUCAUAUGGAAUAGGGAAGGCUUAAAUCCCUGCCAGGUAACAGUUUUGUUUAAAAGUGUACCAUUGAUGAAAAUGCCCUUUACUUCCUGUGCUAGAAACACAACAGGAAGUUAGUGGAUAGCUCCCAAAGUGAGGGGAAUUCCCCUCUUAGACAGUUGUCCCUGGAGCAAGUGUCCCUAUUUGAAGAUUUCUCCUCACUUCUUGAUCUCAGGAAAACUUGUGCACAAAGGGCAUCUGUUUAGCCCCUCUGAACGCCUUUUCUCAGGAGUAAAAAAAACAUUGCUUAAAGAGGAAGUAAACCCUGAUGGGGUUUACUUCCUCUAUGUCUCCCUACAAAGGUAAAGCAUAAUGGGCUACUAUGCAUCGCAUAGUAGCCCAUUAUGUGACACUUAUCUGCAGUAGAAGCCCGCGAUGUCGCCGUCUUCCUCCAUGGCAGCGAGAGUCCAUCUUCACCCCUCUUCUUCCGGGGGCCACGUACUCCGGCUCUGUUACUGGCCGGAGUCGCGUGACAUCACUCCCGCAAAUGCGUGCGGGAGCCGCCUUUAACGGCAUGACCCCGGCUUGAAACGGCACAGCGUGCCCUUUCAAGACGGCGCAAGAGCAGAAGAAGGCGUCGCUCGGGGAAAUUGCAAAUAUCUCUGAGACUGUGUACCUGUAGGUGUAACUUCCACCUGAGGGUUUACAACCACUUUAAAAAUGGGCCUAAAGUCGUGUAUAGCACAAUCGUUUAGACGCGUUAAGUGUUUGAGCAUAAAUUAAUUCCAUUUGCCAGAAUAAUAAUUUUUUAGGGCCAUUGGAAUGCCUUAAUGCUCAAAUAUGCCCAAAUGGGUGCGCAAUGUGUUUACAGACAUUUAGAUGUGUUGUGCAUUUUUUCAGCCCUUCAGCUCGUCUCCUGAACACGCUUUUGGUGCUUUUUUUUCAGCCUGUAAACACUUAUAUGUUUAUAAAAUGUGUGCAUUGGACGCAUGUGAUAACAUAGAGGUGCUUUUACAGGCUGAAGAAAAAAAAAAAAAAAAAAAACGGCAAACGCCUUUAAAAGUGGUGUUUACUAAGCCCAGUGUGCAUGAGGUCUAAAAGUUUGGAUUGAACUUUUUGUCUUGGUCACCAGUACAAAGAGAAUGGUGAAUCUCCUCAAUGGGG